AUGUCCUGCUCCCCCACUGUCAGUAAGGAAGUGUUUGCCAACCACCUGCCUACUUGCAAGGACUGCCAGGUGCACGCUGGGCAGGUGGCCGCUCUACCAUCCACGGUAGACGCACUGAAAAAGUUCCACUCAGUACCCGCCAGGAUCACGAACAUAUCAAAGGACAUCACAGUGAAUGAGGGCAGCAACGUCAAUCUAAUGUGUCUGGCGGUCGGUCGUCCUGAGGCCAAUAUCAUAUGGAAGCACCAUUCCCCAAGAGGCACUCAUAAAUUUGUGAUGGAGGGGGAACAUCUGGUGCUGACAGCCAUCACCAAAGAACAGUCAGGAUCGUAUGAAUGCAUUGCUUCUAAUGACAUCCUGAGCCCAGACGUCAGGACGGUGCAAGUCACAGUCAACUAUCCUCCCUUCAUUUCUAAAGCUAGGGGUACGGGUACUGCAGUUGGCCAAAAAGGAGUCCUGCAAUGCGAAGCAUCGGCUGUCCCAAGGGCAGAUUUUGAGUGGUACAAAGAAGACCGCAGGCUCUUCAACGGACUAAACGGGGUUAAGAUAGAGAAUCAAGGCAGACAGUCAAUGCUUGUCUUUUUCAACGUGUCGGAAGAAGACUAUGGGAACUACACUUGUGUUGCCAUGAACACCAUGGGCAUCACUAAUGCCAGCAUAAUCCUUUAUGGUCCCGGCGCCAUGCAUGAUGUGAACGGGGCCGCCGUGUUGCCCCGUUGCUCUGUAUGCCUCCUGCUGACUGUAACCUCACUCCACUUGCUCAAGUUCUGAUGUGAAAUGUGACAACCUCCGAGCUUCUCUCAGCAUUGAGCAGCAAGAACAGACUAUUAGUCCUAUAAGAAGAAUGGAAAUUUAAGAGUGCCAGUGGUUCACCCUUAGUUUUCUUUCUUUUUCUUUCUGGCUUUGCAUCAGAGUCUGUUCUCUGUUGGCUCGCCAAGAGUGAGCGGCGUCAAUCCGAGGAAGGGAAAAAUUUGAAUCAUGCACUAAUUUGAUGAUGGUAGAACUACCGAAUUUGUGUCUCCCCCAAACCUUUUUGUAUGUGAAAAGGGAAAAAGAAGAAAAAUACAUGUAACUUGUUGAUAGUUGACUGUUUAUUGCCCAAUAUUGAAGUGUACAUUCAGAUUAAUAUUAUUGUGUCAUGUCCUGUUCAAUAUCUGUACAAUACCAUUACGCUUUUUUAAGUAAAUGACAAAACAGGAAAAAAUGCAAUGUGAUUGUUGAAUUUUACUGUAUUUUUACAGUUGUAUGCAAAACCGAGUAAAAGAUCCUUCAUGACAAGCAGUUCAGCAUAAUAAAUAGAACACCAUGAUUUCUCAGGCAAAGUCCUACUGCAUAGUGCAUCCAAGUUUUUAUUUACAUCGUAGUGUGUGUAGAAAAUGUACAAAUGUGUACAGACAAUUCCUGCACUCUUGUUUUUCAAGACGCAUACUCAGACGCAUUUUUGAAACACCUUAUCACAGCAUCAUAGCAGCUUCACGGCAUAUUUAAACUAAGCACUAAAAAUCAGAAAUCAGACAUUUAUGUGAAGUGUAAUGUCAGACAGAAGUGUAGGUCAGUGCUGAUUUGUUUUCAAAAGUGUCAACUGGAAUGCUCAGAGGUGAAACUUGUUGAACAGUUAGUGCUGAUGGCGUCGUUAAAGCGUCAGGUUGGUGGGUGCUCUAAUUAGCAACAUGGCACUAAACUGAUAUCUCACUCAGUGCAGCUCUCAAGUGAGAAAUCUUAGCGUGUCAAAUAAGACUUUGUAACAGCUCCUAGUGUUAUAUUUGACUUUUAAAGUUUUGUUUUUAAGAUGCAACUAGUAUGAUUUCGCAGGUGGUUAUCAAUCUGUCUCAAAAUUUAAAUAAACAUUUAAUA